AUGGCUUCAGAUCUAGAGGCUGCCACCGCGCUCAAGGUUCAAGGAAACAAGUCCUUUGCUAGUCAUGACUGGCCCAGCGCGAUAGAUUUUUAUACUCAGGCAAUCGAGAAAUAUGACAAGGAACCAUCGUUCUUCUGUAACCGUGCUCAGGCCCAAAUCAAACUCGAGGCAUUUGGAUACGCCCUUGCGGAUGCCACCGCGGCUUUGGAAUUGGACCCGAACUACGUCAAGGCCUACUGGAGACGUGCCCUCGCCAACACUGCCAUUCUGAGUUAUAAGGCGGCCCUGAAGGAUUUCAAGGCUGUUGUGCGACGUGAACCCAACAACCAAAAUGCGAAGUUGAAGUUGGCGGAAUGCGAGAAGCUGGUGCGCCGUAUAGAAUUUGAGAAGGCGAUUGAGGUUUCGGACCCGCCAUCCGCCUUCGAGGAUUUGGACAUCGAUGCGAUUAAGGUGGAGGAUGGAUAUGAUGGUGUGCGAUUGGGCGAUGAGAUGUCACAGGAGUUCAUUGAUGAUAUGAUUCAACGAUUCAAGGAUGGCAAGAAAAUCCACCGCAAGUAUGUCUUCCAAAUUAUCAAGGCUGUCAGAGAUCUUGUAUACAACGAGCCGACUAUGGUGGAGAUCGGUGUGGAGACUGGCAAGAAGUUGACCGUAUGUGGUGAUACUCACGGCCAAUACUUCGAUCUGCUGGAGAUCUUCCGUCGCAACGGUGCGCCAUCUGAUACCCACGCUUAUCUCUUCAACGGUGACUUUGUUGAUCGCGGAUCCUGGUCGUGUGAGAUCGCUCUGCUUCUCUAUGCUUAUAAGUGGCUCCGCCCCAACGGUCUGUUCCUGAACCGCGGAAACCACGAAACAGAUGACAUGAAUAAGGUGUAUGGAUUUGAGGGUGAGUGUAAGGCGAAGUAUAGCGAGCGGGUCUUCAAGGUAUUCUCUGAAUCCUUCUCUGCUUUGCCAUUGGCUACUUUGAUCGGAAGCAAGUACCUUGUUCUGCAUGGUGGUCUUUUCUCUGAUGAUAAGAUCACACUUGACGACAUUCGAAAGCUCAACCGUCACUGUCAAAGGCAGCCGGGUCAAGAGGGUCUCAUGAUGGAGAUGCUCUGGACUGAUCCCCAAACCCAGCCGGGUCGUGGCCCAAGCAAGCGUGGUGUUGGUCUCCAGUUUGGACCCGAUAUCACCAAGCGCUUCUGUGAGAACAACGGACUGGAGGCUAUUAUUCGGUCACAUGAAGUGCGUAUGGAGGGUUACGAAGUUGAGCACGACGGCCGUUGUAUUACCGUCUUCUCUGCCCCGAGAUACUGUGAUUCGACUGAGAACAAGGGCGCGUAUAUCAAUAUUGGACCCGAGCUUAAGCUCGCCUAUGAGGUGUUUGAGGCUGUUCCUCACCCUGAUAUCAAGCCUAUGGCGUACGCCCAAAACUCAAUCCUGUCACAAAUGUGA